ACUUUUCCUCAGACAUUCCUGGUGAAGAUGGUUUUUGCAAGAGAUAUGGCAAGAGCCAUCGUGGUUUUGUAUGUAAUUGGCUUCAUUACCAAUGCUGAUGGAAAAUCAAUUAAGAAGAGAAUUGUGGCUGAAAUAGAACUGAUGCAUAAUUUUAGUGAGUUCUUGAAAAAUGAAACCAGGGUGGCAUGGCUAAAAAAGUACCUCGAGAAGAUACUGGAUCCCAGAGAUUUACCAUGGGUCCCUAAACCCCUUGUAGCCCCUGCAGAGAUGCAGCUCCGAAAGAGGGCAGACACCAAUCUGGUUGCAAACCAGGAUUACCAACUAACUCCAGGAAAGAAGACGCUUGGGAAGACUGACAAGGCUGACAUGUACAUGUUGUCCAAAGUCAAUCCUCAGCAAUAG